GGUGGUGGGGUUCAGUCGGUGGAUCGAUCGACGUCCCGUCGAACCUCGCGGCUCGGAACGUCGCUGCGCCUCUGGGCGGGGCGAGAGGGCGCCUCAGUCGUGCACUGGAGCCCACCAGAGACGUGUCCAGCUCCUCGAACGUUUCGAGUUGCUUGUACGCUCGGAUAUCUCUCUUUCCUCUCGAGAGCGACCUUUUCGUAAACGGGGUCCGCUCCGGUGCUGUUCGCACGGUUGUUGCUCGCGGAACAGAACCACCUCCCCGGUUAUCGUCAGAAAAAGAGAGAAAGAGGGAAAGAGAGAGAGAGAGAGAGAGAGUGAGAGUGACAAAGUAUUUUUAAACGCGAAGACAGUGCUACAAUUUUCCCCUCCACCGAUUUCGAGAUCGUCGAUUCUCCUACCCGUAGCUUAGAUUUCGAUACAGCCCUCCAGUCGGCUCGGUUCGGUUCGGUUCGGUUCGACACCCGGCGAUCAACCAGUGACCCGACAUACGCGGCGCGGUUACCCUCGGGAAACGUAUCUCGGUUUCGCGAAAUUUGUCACGCACGGUUCGCGUUCGAUUCGAUCUCGUUUCGUUUCUGUUCUCGUAUCGGCCGUACGCCGGUCGUAUCGAUUCGAGAGGUGAUACGAGCGUACCCAUAGUUUAAUACACGCGCGUACGAGUGAGACAAGUGAGACAUAACUACGUUGGAGAGGUGCACGGAGAAAGGGUUUCGGAAGCAUCCACGGGGGAGAGGCGUCUAUGUGCGCGCCCGGAGACACGGAGAGCUACCCUGGCACCUAGCGGACGACGCGGGGUGGCUUCACCAAGCUAGUGCUCGGGAGAGGUACAACUCGUCCCAGGGUGGCGGUGUCUCCGUCGGUAGAAAUCGAAAAGUGGCAAGCGUGGUGGAGCAGCUAGUGAGGGAACGCCGGUAAGGAGUCGCUCGAGGCGGUGUUCGUCGGGGUGAGAAACGAAGACGAAGACGACGACGCCGAGGAAGAGGAGUCCGAGGGUGGCGGCGGAGGAGACGAAGCGGAGGCGGCGGCGGAGGAGGGUGGCGACGGCGGUGAAGAAAAUCUCGUGGCGACUCUUGCGACGCGAGUCGCGAGCCGAGGUCGGAACGAGGCUAGAGUAACGGUUACGGAGGAAGGGUGGAAUUUAGUGGUUGGUGGUGGCGUUUGUGAAGGCAACCUGUGGCAAGAUGGGCUGUGCCAUGUCGGCGGAAGAGCGGGCCGCCUUGGCCCGUAGCAAGCAAAUCGAGAAGAACUUAAAGGAGGACGGCAUUCAGGCUUCCAAGGACAUCAAACUGUUGCUGCUUGGUGCUGGGGAGUCUGGAAAAAGUACCAUCGUAAAACAAAUGAAAAUUAUCCAUGAAAGCGGAUUUACGCCUGAGGAUUUCAAGCAGUACAGACCUGUAGUGUACAGCAACACGAUACAAUCUCUAGUCGCUAUUCUCAAAGCGAUGCCAACUUUGGGCAUCAGUUUCACGACCAAUGAACGGGAGACGGACGCGAAAAUGGUGUUUGACGUCAUCCAAAGAAUGGAGGACACGGAGCCGUUCAGCGAGGAGCUUCUCGCGGCGAUGAAGAGGCUCUGGGCGGACAACGGGGUUCAGGAAUGCUUCGGCAGGAGCAACGAGUAUCAACUCAACGACUCUGCGAAAUAUUUCCUGGAUGACCUAAAUCGAUUAGGAGCAAGGGAUUAUCAGCCUACGGAGCAAGAUAUUUUAAGGACUCGUGUUAAAACCACGGGUAUAGUCGAAGUCCACUUUGCCUUCAAGAAUCUUAAUUUCAAAUUAUUCGACGUGGGCGGCCAAAGAAGUGAACGUAAGAAAUGGAUACACUGCUUCGAAGACGUCACUGCGAUCAUAUUUUGCGUUGCGAUGUCCGAAUAUGAUCAAGUCCUGCACGAAGACGAAACGACGAAUCGAAUGCAGGAGAGCUUGAAGCUGUUCGACUCAAUUUGCAAUAACAAAUGGUUCACCGAUACCUCAAUUAUCCUAUUCUUGAACAAGAAGGAUCUCUUCGAAGAGAAAAUUCGCAAGUCACCGCUCACCAUUUGCUUCGUUGAGUAUGCCGGGGCGCAAGAGUACGGAGAGGCCGCCGCGUACAUCCAGGCGCAAUUCGAGGCGAAGAACAAGUCAACAACUAAGGAGAUCUACUGCCACAUGACUUGCGCCACUGAUACAAACAACAUUCAGUUCGUGUUCGACGCAGUCACAGAUGUCAUUAUCGCCAAUAAUCUCCGUGGCUGCGGUCUCUAUUAGGAUAAAUAUUCCCGUCGUGGAACCGAUCGACCGACAUACACUCACAAUCACACACAUAAACACAGACAUGUAUUGCGAGAACGAGGGAGCGUGUGAGAAUGAGAGAGUGAGAGACUGACAGCUGGUGAGAAAGAGAGCGAGUGAUAGAGGGGGAGAGAAAAAGGAGAGAUACCUAAGUAAGUACCACCGCUACUACUACCGGCCACCUGCGGAUACCUUCUCGAUUUUCAUUUUUAACAAGAACCCUUUCGUGCUAUCCCUUUCGAUUUUCUCUUCUCAUGCGGUAAACUACUGCAAAGAAUUUACGAGGUGCUUCAUCGGCGGCAAACUUAACCAAGUCUGGAAAUGGAUUCGGUAUUUAAAAGCAGCGCUGUAAACGCAUCGGCGCGGUACUGCCUCUUUUAUUGAAAACAAAUCCGUCAUCGGCAGAUUUCACGAACGGAGGUGAGAGCGAGAAGUUUUUCUCGGAACUGGCGUCAGCUUAAAUGGACCAAAGAGGAGAGUGUGUGGGGUACAACCUCAUUAAUCUCUAACCUAAUCGGUUACCUGAGAUAUUAACCCUUUUAGUGACAACCCAAGAAAAUUUAGUUUUAGAUGGUAAUUACGAGAUUUUAAUAGAAACAUGUUAUGAGGUAAAGAUAAAAUGGAUGCACAACUGAUAUAUUUAACUGAGAAAUAUGAACAGAGUUGAGGGUAGCUUCAUUUCAGCUAUUCGUAAUGAAGAUUUGAUUGAAAAGAGGUUUUACAGCAUUAUAUCUUGUUUUCAAGCUGUAGCUACUUUUGUGUUUCGAUAUCCCUUUAAAAAUGCUUAGCAUGUGCAACUGUUAACUAUGAAUUAUCAUGAACUGGGGUUUAAGAACUGUUAAAUUAUGUAAGGUCAUUUUGUCGGGUAAAUUAACAUCGAGUCAAAUUGGAUCUGUUUGUCUUUGCAUCAAAUGCUGCCAAUCCCUCUUUAGGAAUUUCCAUAAAAUCUAGACAGAAUUGAUGUUUCUCAUCUAGAAUUAUGUGAUCCAAUUAGGGCCACAGUGUGAAUAUGAGACAUCCUUGCAUAAACAAGUUAUGCAGACUUUUAUUAUCACAAAAUUCUUACUUAAUUUUUAAAGUAAAUAAUUUGCCAAUAAUGGAUAAAUUGGAUAAAUUUAGCAUAGAUAAAUUUACCACCUUGUGAAUGAACCACAUUUGCAGACGAGCCAACCCUGAUCUUAAUUGUAUGGUCUAAUGAUCCAUAUUGAUUGAUGUCAAUUAAGAUCAAAAACAGAACAUCGAGUACAAUACUCAUCCUUCGCAUUGAUGCAAGAUUAUAGGUGGCUAAUUGAUCUUUAAUUGUAGACAUUAAAAAAUGCAACUGGAAACAUCUGAUCGAUUCUGAGUUUCAAUCAUCAAAACAAUUGAAGGGCUGUCAGCCUUAUUUUGGAGUUAUCACAGUUUCUGACAAGUUGGAGAGUACUUCAUUGAUCUCCAACUGUGUACUUUAAAUUAAAUUACGUAAAUCAAACAAACUUGAGUGUAGUUGUAAUCAAUUCAAUGUAACCAGUUAUGAUAGGCUCGUUGUGUCGGAAGUAUAGGUGGACAUAGAUGUUUUCAACUCAAAAAUAAGAUUUAAGUACAUUGUACUUGUGUUUUUAAGUGCCGAAUGCAUUUCUAAAAUACAUGUACCAAUGAAGAGACACUUAAUAACUGCGUUAUGAUCGAAAACUUUCGACAUAAACUGCAGGGGAUCAAACUUGUUACUUUCGUUUCUGAUUAGCUUGCAUGACUCAAACGAGUAGAUUAUCUGUGAACUGUAAGAGUGAAGAAGCCGUUCACUAUCAUGAUUAGGAGGAAUUGAUUUUUUGGUUGAUUGUGAAAAUUCAGUACCAAAGAAACUAAUGUAAGAUCGAUAGUUUUCGAUAUGAAGAGUUAGGUAUAAUCGGAGACUUUGAUGUAGUUAAUUGCUCGUUCGAAGCUGAUCAAAUAUUUUAAUUGGAUGCGUGACCUUCCUCGUAUUCAUAAUCAUUCGAGACUCGACAAACCAAAAAUGUAUGGUCUGUUUUAAAACUUUUUCGACUGAACGAAGAAUGAGAAGAUCACGCGCAAAGAUAACAGUUUGAUCCUGCAUGGCUUGGCAUUCAAGAGAAAAAUCGAAAGGAGAUCCACCGAUGAUUAAUCCAGAUUUUUUAUGGAUUUCGCGACGUAUGGCACAAAGACCAAUCACGAAGCACACUCGGAUCUCGAGAUCCAUUAUCCUUAUUUUAUUGUAAAUUAGCAAGCGAGUCACCGACAUCUGUAAUACGUAACUCGACCUAGGUAGAAGAUUGUGAAACUUCAAAAAGUAUCCUCGGUAUGCUUCAAUGUUUAUAAAAGUUUCAGGAAUAAAACUAACAUUAUUAGCAUACUUGGGUACAAGGAAAAUAUGGUAUUAGAAAAAAUUGUUUCUUAUUUAUUCUACAACGUUACGAGUACAAGUUUUAUCAAUUUUCUACCUGGAAGAGUCUGAACGGUUUGUAAUGUAAAAUACGGUUUUCCUUUUCCUUAUGUACCGUACAACUAUCAUUCAACGUUUUAGCUUUAAUUCGAAGAGUAUGCUUACGUUUAUUGUCGAUCGCACAAGCCGCGCACAAUAAAUCGACGAGCAAUUAUACAUGCUUUGCAAUUUUUUAAACGUCGAUCAAGCUUGUAAGACGUCUUAACAGUGACGCAGUAAUGUUAAGUUCUUGAUUGGUUAUUUUGGAUCGGAAGACUGAAUCAGAAAGAUAAAAGAUCGAAUGAUCAACGAUCAAAACACUAUGAACUACAAGAAUGCUCAACGAUUUGCCAAUGUACACGUUUCAAGAUUUUGUUGGUCGAUGCAGCGAGUAGCUGAAAACGUGAAACAAUUUAAAAAAUUGAAACAUAUAGACGCAUGGAAAUAUCGAAAUUAGUAACACGAGAGAAAAAGUUGAUAAUUCUGAAAGUUUUUCAGUUUUCCGAUACUUUUUAUGAAUUUGAAGUUUCAGAUUAAGGUUUUCGAGGUUCUCUAGGCAAUUCGGAUGAUCUUAAUAAUUCAAGUAAUUCCGAAUGGAGAAAUUCGAAGGAUACAAGAGUCGAAAAAUUGGAAAUAGAAAUUGUUUCACGUUCUUCGAAAGAUUUAUCUUUAUUUGGCAUUUUGGUACUUUGGAAACUGAUUUUAAAGUCAUCUUGUUUCAUCGGUACGCACAUUUACACAAAUUCACGCACAUUUCUGCACAGUUACAUACUCGAACGCACAUAAAUAUUUUCAAAAAAAUACAAUGUCUUUGUAUCGUUAAUCUCUUGCGCUGAAAAGUAGUCAACACAUUUUUCAAAAACUAUUCCACCCACAAAAAUGAAUAAAGAAGUCCUCAAAGAAGGCACAAAGUACAUGCUAAAAACGACAAAUAAAAAGAAACUAUCUGAGAAUGUAAGCAAUUUUAUAUCAUUGGAGCUAUAUCAUUAGCAAAAAUAUAUCGCGAAACAGUUGCCAGCGCAAGAGGUUAAAAAGAAAAAAAACCAAUUCCAUCAAGUGAACUAGGAAACAGUUGCGGAUCCUUGAAUUUCUGAAUUUAGAACAAUUAAGUUUCUCUUUACAAUUUAUUAUAUUUAUGUUCCCAACAAAUCUAAAAUAAUAUCAACGGUUUCUUUGCAAACUAUGUUUGUUUACUUCGAGUUAAAAAAAUAGUAAGUUAUGUUAAUUGCCGAUUCGAGGUUUUUUCUUCGUCAGAUAAAUUUUUAUUGGCUCGAAAAAACCACCAGUCGAACAACCACGAAUGAAACAUUCCACGUACAAAUGCAGUGCUCUUCCGUUCUUUUUUUGUUUUUUUAUGUCUUUCUAUUUAUUUAAUAUUUAAUUAAUGCAAAUUGCAGCUGCAAACAUCAUCCCGAAAAUAUUUUAACAAAUUCUUCGAUCGAGCGACUCGUUUUCUAUUUCGACGUCGCAAAAACUAUAAUAGAAUAUAUUUCGUGAUACUUUUAGUUGAAAGUUUGGCUACAGAACCUAUGACAUUUUUCUUUAAUUUUUUUACGAUGAUGCUGUCUAAAAGUGUUUCAAUGCUUUUUAAGUGAUAAAUCUGCAAAGAAUAUUGGUGUACAAUUCUACAUAAUUUUUUUAAAUAAUUUUCUGAUAUUUAAGCUACUUACAUCAAUUUUAGAAUAAUUGAUUUAGAAGAAAAAAAAAUUGCAGUUGCAACUCCACGCUAUUUAAUUGUAAUUUAAUUGAUAACCGAGAGGAGUGUUUGACCAAAAAGAACCAAAAAACCGAGUAGAACAAUAAUUACGAUGUAACAAAAGAAGUAUUCUCGAAAUUUACGAUAAUCCGAAUUACUCGUAAAGGAAAGGCCAAAAAUAGCUGUUACUUUUCCUUCGACUAUGAGUACCAAAAAAGUACAUUCUUAUUCAUUUUGAUUUCGAAUUUCGUUUCCAUUUUUACGUCGAUUUUGAGAAUUAUUUUUAUAUCGUUAGUUGGAUCUAGGGAUAAAAAAAAUAGUAUUACUGUCACCGCCGUUGCCAUAUUACUAUAAAAUUAAUAUAUAUAUACAUAUAUAUAAAUUUGAGAAGUUAUGGAUUAAUUAAUUAAUUAAUUAAGUAUUCCUAUAUGUAGUAGCUAUAAUUAUGUAUAAAUAAGUACACAUAUAGAAUUUCUAGUCAAGUUAGGAAAACGUACUAGCCUCGUGCAAAUACGAUCGGGGAAGAGAUUGGUUUGACUUUCGGCGAUGAAAAAUCUUUAUUUGAAUAUUAAUUGAAUUCGAUCUGGUCGCUAAUUGAAAUACACCAAAUAAAUCGCACUUAUAUAGUCGAUAGUAUAUAAAAAAAAAAAGGAAGAAGAAAAAGAGUUUUCUAUUUAUAGCGUAUUAAUAUUUAGCCGGUAAGCUAAAGUAUUUUGAAUGGUAAUAAGCAAUUGUUUCAUUUAAAGCGUUCAAUCCAAAAAGAACAUUCUAGGAUGAUAGUAUAUUUCAUUAUUAGUCGAUGAUUUUUAUUUAGUGAAAUUGCGAUGUAAAUUCGAAUUCGAACGAAUAGUUGAACAAUUGUGACAGCGUUGAAUGAAAAAAUGUUGAAAUUCUUCGCGAUUUGAAAAGAUCAGGAAGUAACGGUGAAAAGAUUUCAAAUCAACCUAUAGUCCGACCGACGAAUUAAUCGACUUAGAAGAGCCCAUACGCUCCUUGCAUUUCGUUAAUAAUAUUCAUUAUUAGUGUAAUUAUCGUUAUUAUUAUUACUACUUAUUAAUAUUUUAUAUAUUAUCUACAUAUCUAUUUACCUAUUUAUAUAUCAUUGAUUGACGAUAAAAUAAAUUUGAAUUAAGCUAUU